AUGUCGACCAUACAUGAGCCCGCUGUUUUCUACACGUGGCAGCAGAGCUUUCAGGAUCGCAACUCGCAAGUCAGCAUCAAAAAAGCAACACACAUCCAAUACCAAGAUGUAACCUUCCGCAACUGGUACAAAAAGAUCAAUUGGCUCAACACCACCCUCGUAGUCCUCAUCCCUCUCUAUGGUCUCUACCUCGCCAAACAUACACCCCUCACCCGCCCAACACUCCUCUGGAGCAUUGCAUACUACUUCUUCACCGCAUUCGGCAUCACAGGUGGCUAUCACCGCUUGUGGUCCCACCGCUGCUACUCCGCACGUCCUCCCCUCCGGCUGUUCCUCGCCUUCGUCGGCGCCGGCGCAAUCCAAGGCAGCAUCCGAUGGUGGAGCGCAAACCACCGCGCCCACCACCGUUGGACCGAUACAAUGAAGGACCCCUACUCCGUCAUGCGCGGUCUACUCUUCUCCCACAUCGGGUGGAUGGUGCUCAACAACGACCCCAAAGUGAAAGGCCGCACCGACGUGUCUGAUCUCGAUUCCGAUUGGGUCGUAGUGCUGCAGCACAAGCACUACGGCAAAUGCCUUCUCUUCACCGCGUGGCUCUUUCCUAUGAUCGUCGCGGGUCUGGGAUGGGGAGACUGGUGGGGCGGGCUGGUGUACGCGGGCAUCAUUCGUGCGUGCUUUGUGCAGCAAGCUACGUUCUGUGUGAACAGCCUCGCCCAUUGGAUUGGCGAGCAGCCGUUUGACGACCGCCGUAGUCCUAGGGAUCAUGUGCUUACGGCGCUGGUUACGAUGGGUGAGGGGUACCAUAAUUUCCACCAUGAAUUUCCGAGUGACUACCGCAACGCAAUCAUUUGGUACCAAUAUGACCCUACGAAGUGGCUCAUCUUCCUUCUUUCAAGGAUCAGGAUACCGGGCCUGGUGGCGCCGAUGGCGUAUGAUCUGAAGACGUUCCGCGAGAACGAGAUUGAGAAAGGGCGGUUGCAGCAGCAGCAGAAAGCGCUGGAUCGGAAGCGCGCGAAGCUCGAUUGGGGUAUUCCAUUAGCCCAACUACCCGUCGUGGACUGGGACGAUUUCAAGACGCGGUGUGCGGAAGGUGCGAAGCUCGUAGCUAUUGCUGGAGUGAUACAUGACGUGGAGAGCUUCAUUGUGGAUCAUCCUGGUGGCAAGGCGCUUAUUGCGAGUGCGGUCGGGAAGGAUGCCACGGCACUUUUUAACGGAGGGGUAUACGAGCAUAGCAAUGCGGCGCACAAUCUGCUAUCGACAAUGCGAGUCGGCAUCCUGAGAGGAGGACAGGAGGUUGAGAUUUGGAAGAUUGAGUGGAGCCGGUUGGAGAAGGAUACCAAGGGCGUUGCGGUAAUGAGAGCUGGCGAGCAAAUUACACGAGUUGGCGCUCCGGUCGCGGCGGCUGUUGCUGCGUAG